AUGUUCGGUCCCGGUAGGUGUCAGGAUCGGCAGAUGGCCUGCAACAGCAAGCCAGCUAACAAGGUCUGCGCCGAUGCCGACGCUUUCUGUAUUCAGAACGUCGAAGAUUUCUGGGACAUCAACACGCGGCGUACUGAAAACGAUAUCCGCUUCUUGCUGCCAGAUCCGUUCCUGUCAUCAAACUUCGUCGCGUACCUCAACAGAGCCGAUAUACAAGCAGCUAUCGGGGCCUCGAACAACUUUACUACCGCGUCGGUACAGACAUCUAUGGCCUUCAGCUCGACCGGCGACGAUAGCCACACAGGCGAACUUGUUACCAAGUCCAUGGCAAGUCUGCUCCAGCAGAGUGUCACCGUCGCCCCUUUCACCGGCGACGCGGACUACGACAGCAACAUGAUUGGCGCCCAGGUCGUUGCAGCGAACGUGGGUGCCGCUAACUGGGCCAUGGCCGGGUUUGUGAACUUGUCGGCCAACAGCGACGGCCAGAUCCCGGGCGAGACAAAACAAGCUGACGGCUUCUCGUUCACGCGGCUCUACUACGCGGGUCACUUUUCUGCCUUCAACCAGCCAGAGGCCGCGCUCAGAAUCCAAGAGCGCGUCAUCAAAGAUGUCGACAUCGCCACAGGCAUGACGCCAAUGGCGUUCGGAAAGAACCUGUUCACAAAAGGCCCGUUGGAGAGCACAUUUAGGGAGGGCAGUUAA